AUGCAACGACAAUUCGUUCUUCUCGUUGCAAGUCUUGUUUUAUUUGGAAUUAGUUGUACUUCAGCAGCUAAUUGGGCCGUGGUUGUUGCUGGUUCCAAUGGUUAUUACAAUUAUCGUCAUCAAGCUGAUGCUUGUCAUGCCUAUCAAAUUUUACAUAAAAAUGGCAUCCCAGACUCCAACAUCAUUGUUAUGAUGUACGAUGACAUUGCUCAAAAUACACAAAAUCCAACAAAAGGUGUUAUUAUUAAUCAUCCAGAUGGAGAAGAUGUUUACCAUGGUGUACCAAAAGAUUAUACCGGCGCAGAUGUAACACCAAAGAAUUUCAUCAAUGUUUUACUUGGAAACAAAGAAGCCAUGAAUGGUAUUGGCAGUGGUAAAGUCUUAGAAAGUGGUCCAGAUGAUAAUGUCUUCAUCUUUUAUACUGAUCAUGGUGCUGUUGGCCUCGUUGCUUUUCCAACCGGUGUUCUCUAUGCCACAGAUUUAAAUUCAACCAUCAUGAAAAUGCAUAGCCAAAAUAAAUACAAACAAAUGGUUAUCUAUAUCGAAGCAUGUGAAUCAGGUUCAAUGCUUGAAAAUAUUCUUCCAAACAAUAUCAAUGUAUAUGGAACAACAGCAUCAAAUGCUGAAGAAUCAUCAUAUGCUUGUUAUUAUGAUGCUAAACGACAAACAUAUUUAGGUGAUGUUUAUUCAGUUGUUUGGAUGGAAGAUUCCGAUGUUGAAAAAAUUGACACAGAAACAUUAUUUCAACAAUUUCAAAUUACACAAAAGAAAACAAAUACAAGUCAUGUUAUGCAAUAUGGUGAUCUUGCUUUAGGUAAAGCUGAUACCGUUGGUCAAUUCCAAGGUGCAAGCAGCAAUUCAAAUAAACCACAACGUAACAUCCUUAAAGAGAAAUACAAUGAAAUGCUUCGUCGUGAUGCUGUAGCUACUGAAGAUGUUCGUGUUGCAAUUGUUACACGUCGUUUAGCUGAAGCCAAAGAAAAUUCAAUUGAAAAAGAAAACUUAGAACGUGAACUUGUUCAAUUACUUAACGAUAAAGCUACAAUUGCAAAUCAUAUUCAACAAAUCGCAGCAAAAGCUUUAUCAAUGAAUCGUGGUGAUUAUUUCGCAAUGGUAACUGAAAAACAUAUGCCACUUACACAACAUGCAUGUUAUAAAUCAGUUACACAACGUGUCCAGGAAAAAUGUUUCGAUCUUCCAAAUGAAUAUGUACUUAACAAACUCUACAUCAUGGCUAAUUUAUGUGAAAUUGGUUUAUAUGAUUUUACUAUUAACCAAGCCGUUGAUCAAGUCUGCCAAGAACGACUUCACUUUGAUUACUGA